UAGAAUAAAUCCAAAUUACAUUAGAAAGAAAAAGGCUGAUGUUUGCUAGGAAGGCACGUGACGUACGGCGCGUGACGCAGAACAUAAACAUGCGCGCGCAUCUAAAAGGCGGUAGCGGCCGAGGGUCUGAUCGAUCAGGUCGCCUCUGAUGAUGAUCAGCGAUCGAGAUCCCAUGGCGGGAAGGAAGAUCCGAGGGUUUUGUGUAGAAGAGAGAGGCGUUGCCUGGUAACAGAAUCAGCGGCCACGAGGACGACACACUGCGCAUCUUCAUCAUCAUCAUCACCAUCAUCGGCGUCAUCUUGAACGGUCUCUCAUCAUUUUGAAUAUAUUUUGAUGUCAUGUUUAACGAGUGCUGUCCUACACGUCAUGCUGUCUGUCAAAAUAAGUUAAGUGUCACAUGAUUGAUUGAGGUCACCAGCGAGUCGAUGCCGUGUUCGUGUUCCGAGUGGAGGCGAUGGAUCCGCCCGCUGGUCCUGGUGCUGUACGCGUGCCUGCUGGCAGCCGUGGUGCCGCUGUGUGUGUGGGAGCUGCAGAAGGACAAGGUGGGGACUCACAGCAAAGCCUGGUUCAUCGCCGGCGUCUUCGUCUUCCUCACCAUCCCCGUCUCACUGUGGGACAUCCUGCAGCACCUGGUUCACUACACCCAGCCCGAGCUGCAGCGGCCCAUCAUCAGGAUACUAUGGAUGGUGCCGAUAUACAGUCUGGACAGUUGGUUGGCUCUGAGAUACCCCAGCCUUGCCAUCUACGUGGACACCUGCAGGGAAUGCUAUGAAGCCUACGUCAUCUACAACUUCCUGGUCUUCCUGCUCAACUUCCUUAGCAACCAGUACCCCAGCCUGGUGAUGAUGCUGGAGGUCCAGCAGCAGCAGCCCCACCUGCCGCCACUCUGCUGCUGCCCGCCAUGGCCUAUGGGGGAAGUGUUGCUAUUCAGGUGCAAGCUGGGAGUCCUGCAGUACACUGUGGUCAGGCCCGUAACCACGGUGAUAGCGCUGGUCUGUCAGCUGUGCGGCGUUUAUGAUGAAGCUAACUUCAGCUUUCACAAUGCCUGGUCCUACCUAGUCAUCAUCAACAACAUAUCACAGCUGUCGGCCAUGUACUGUCUGCUACUUCUCUACCGAGCGCUCAAAGAAGAGCUGGCGCCCAUCAGACCCGUUGGCAAGUUCCUGUGCGUCAAGCUGGUGGUGUUCGUCUCCUUCUGGCAGGCGGUGCUGAUAGCCUUCCUGGUGAAGGUGGGCGUAAUCUCGGAUAAACACACCUGGGACUGGGACAGUGUGGAGGCAGUGGCCACGGGACUGCAGGACUUCAUCAUCUGCAUAGAAAUGUUCCUGGCAGCCAUUGCUCACCACUACACCUUCACGUACAAGCCCUAUGUGCAGGAGGCGGAGGAAGGAACAUGCUUUGAUAGCUUCCUGGCCAUGUGGGACUUCUCAGACAUCAGAGCUGACGUCACGGAGCAGGUCCGCCAUGUUGGCCGCACCGUCUUUGGUCGUCCCAGCAAGAUGUACUUUGGGGCAGCGACCCGCCCCGAGCAUAACGAGCACACCGGUCUCCUGGCGGCCAGCUCCCAAGACCCUGUCGCCGUGGCAGCCGCAUCCAUGCCUGCCUCGCCGUCUUCUACUGGGCGUUACCAAGGCCUCGGACACACCUCUGCCCCGCACUCGAUCUCGGCUCCGGCGGGAUUCACUUCAGCGUCUUGGGAGGAUGACAGUGACGACUCGCCACCGCAUGGGGGGGGCAGCCAAUGAGAGGGGUCUAUCUCGUGUAAUGAGUGUAAAUAUGAACAAAAACAUUUGUGGCCACUUUAAGAAGGUUUGAAGUGGAACUUCAGGAAUGCAAAAAUAAGAAAUGGGAUGGACAUUUCAACUUGUUAAACACGUUUUUGUCAGGUGAUCAAAACAUGGCCUCCAGAUGAGGACGUAAGCAAGGCCUCUCACUGUUGAGGUUGGAUGCAGUCAGCAAAUCCUUAAGAUAGUUGACUUGUCAAGUCGUACACCCCCAAAAAAAAUCACUUGUGCUAAGCCAGAGGAUCCAAUUGGCUGUCGGUCAAGAACUGGGACGAUUGUCAACCAAAAUGAAGGCCAUUAUUGUUCUUGACUACAGUCCAAUAAACAUUAGGCACCAUCUGCGAGGGAACAUAAGAACACAUUCAAACGCCACAUCUCCUUCAGCGCCACAAAAUCGCCUGUUUGCACACCAAACAUAGGACAUUAAAAAGUGGAAGAAAAAAAAUAAAUGUAACCUUGACUAAUGUAAUACACAUACAUGUACACAAACCCUAUCCUUUUCCAGGAAACUUGGUAAUCCUCUUAGUAUCUGAAUUCAAAUUCAUUCAUUCAGUAGAGUAUAAGAAUAUCAUUUGACUUGUUACUGUCCAGCUGUCAAACAACAGAAACUGUCAGACGCAGUGAUCCAACUCAGACGCCACUGAAGACGGUAGGCAGGGUUUGCGCACUAAGCCAAGAACAUGCUUGCAGCAACCUCACCUCAGGAAAAUGUGCAAAAUCAGCGAUAUUAUAACUGUUAACUGUUCAUUAAAAUUGUUCUUUUGAAUAAAUGCUCAACAUUUUUGCUCCCAUUUCUUCCUUUUGCAUUUUGAAGGUGAAAAUCCAAGAUUGCAAAAUACAUAUUCUUUCAAAUGGAAUUAAGAGUUUCAUCAGUACUGCAUUUCGGACAACUAUACACACUUUUAUACAUACAGUAUCUAUGCACUUAUGUGGAUAUUCCCAAUUUGUUUUAUUACAGAAAACCCCACAUACACAGUGUAAUGUGUUGUACUACAAUGGAAAAUUGCAGCAAUGCACUAUGUACAUGAACAUACACUGGCAGACAGUAAUACAUGUGUAACUAUCAAUAAAAUCUAAAAAGUCAAAUAUCAAUAUUGUCCUUUGAAGUCAUCCAGGCUGCUCAACAACAUGAUAUUAUUCAUACUGUAAGAAAAUAUAUGUAGCCCCAAAAAGUAGCACCCCCUGUUGCUUUUGUUUGGGUUGUAUUUGUGAAAAGUAUUGAAGAGUAGGGUGUAUAGUUUUGACACAGCUGAAAAACAACCCCGAAGAGAAGCACUUAUGAACUGCAAAAAUCAUCAGCGGCUCUAUUUGAGGUGAUUUCGGUGUGAUUUCAUCCACUUUUUUCCAAAUACUAGUAAGUAACUAAAACAAGUCAAGAAAAUAAUUAACUCAUCUCUGAAAUGGUUUUAUUUUAAAAUCAUUUUUGUCUCCUCUAAGUUCAUAAUUGAACAUUUGUGACUUUAUUUUUGUAUUUCCUUUAUUGAGCUUUUAUUUUGAUGGUUCAGCGGAUGUGCUUUUGCUCGCGUCGUUAGAUCAUUUAUAUGCUGACUAGGAGGUACGUAGAUAGUACGUAGACCUAGUUUUUUUGUAAUAUUUCACGAUUUCCAGGUUCACUGUUUUGUUUUAUAUCAACCAUAUUGAACCCAUAUCUUUAAUAAUUCAUAUUUCUUUAAUUCGAUGUCGUAUGGUUUGGCUUUGGGGAUGUUUCUGACUGGUGGAGCAGGCUAACUUUUUAGCUAGCAGCCACUUUUUUCCCCCUUUCGGUGUGUGAGUGAGCAUGCUACGAUACAUUGUGCUGAAUGUCUAUUAUUCCUGUACAGGUCUGUUCUUAUUGAGGAGCUCAGCGAAUGUCCUCUCUACAUAUUCUACCACACUGCAGGUAUAUUGUUUUACUUUGAAUUAUUUAUUUUUUUAAUUCCAUGUAUUUGUAUUUAAGGUAAUGGAAGUAUUGCAUUGUAUUGUAUAUUAUUUAAAGAGUCAUGGCAACCUGUAUUUACUUUAUUUAGUUUGUUCCUUUAAAUACAUUUUUUCCAUUGAAAAUAACUCCACCUUCCUGGUCAAAUAAUUUCUAUUGGUCAUACAUACACGUCAUAUCAGUCGUUAGCAGGUUAUGAAGACCCAUCAGGAUACAGUUAUUUUCUUAUGAAUAGACACAUUUCCAACAAGUGGCCACAGCACAUUUGCAUUAGAAGCAGUCAACAAGACAACCCCAACAAGAAGCAC